AUGAAGCUCAACACAUUGAUAGCGGCCGGUUCCUUACUUCUGGCAGGUGUCACCAACGCCGCACCUCUUCUCUCCAAGAGACAUGCAGGUCCCAUUGGAGAUCUCAGCAAAAACGCCCAGGAUUUGUUUGACGCAUCUCUGGAGUUUCAGGACGGAUUCUGGGACGAAGAAGCUGGUUACCUGGUUACCGCGGAUGCUGACUUGGUUGGCAGAUACGAUAGUCGUCAAACUGCAUGGUACUCUGUUGGUCUCGUUGCCAGAAACGAUAAGGGCGAUAUCGAGCGUGCUGAGAGAAUUUUUGCCAAUAUUUACAAGGGAAUGUAUAAGGAUCCAACCAAAAUUUGGUACGGUAUUAUCCAACAAGCUCCUGAUGAACCUACUCCUCAAGAAGGUGUCUACGACCCAUCUCCAUACGGCUCUUACGACUCCAAUUGGAGAGACUUCGUGGGCUCAGCUUUCGUGAUUCUUCUUGCAGAUUACAAGGAGAGACUCAGCGAGACUGGGGUUGAUCUUGUCGAAAAAAUAUUGUGGCUUUCUGCAAAGGGAGAUCAGUACCGUGUUGGUGGUGUUGAUGGUGAUAACCUGUAUCCAUGCUACAGCAACCCAUGGUUGAUGAGGGUGAUUCUUCAGUCGUAUGCAGGUUAUUACUUCAACGAUGCCAACAUGACCACUUGGAGUGAAACGUGGGCCAAAGAAGCCUAUGAUUUAUACAAAAUGUACGACACUUUCUCCGAGUUCAAUUCACCAACCUACACCGGAGUUGCCAUGUGGGCCUUGGGCCAAUGGAUCAAAUACGCUCCAGCAUCUUCACCACUUCCAGGAUAUGCCAAGGAAAUGUUUGCCGAUCUCAUGGUUCUCACCAAAUCUUUGUACAACGCCAACUUGAAGAACUUUGCUGGACCAUGGGACAGGUCCUAUGGCUUCGACAUGAACCUCUACUUCUCCAUCACUGCGGCCACCGUCUGGGGUCUCGUUGGAAGGGAAUAUGCUCCAAUGCCAAAGCAAAUUUCAGGAAUGUACCACCAGGCCGAUUUCGGAAUUGCGCAUCUGAUAGCCCUGGGAAUUCCUCAGAUUGAAGACCUGGUUCCGGAGGCUACUCUCGAAGCCUUCAAGAAAUAUCCGGGCCCAACGUCUUUGGCAGUCCAGGCCUUUUCUCCACCGUUCGACACUUACCCAAGAAACAUCAGUGUCUGGAGCAAUGAUCUUAUCACCAUUGGCGCUGAACAGAUAAGCGAGCUCAAGAUCGGAGGACCUGCAACUUCCAACUAUGCCUUCAACCCAGCUGUGAUCCAGUGGUAUGUCCGUGAAGGAAGAAGCGGUUACAUCACUCUUUGGGCUCAGGAAUCUGUAAUCUCGGCAACAGCAGGUGAAGGUUACCUGGACAUCACCUACCCCAAUGUUACCACAUCUCCAGGUUACGAUAUCGGAUUCUCCUUCUCGGUCUCUCCAUUCGACAUCUUUCCUAACGACAACCUCACCACCAUGACUUCGUUGCCUGGUCUAAAGCUAGAGAUCUCUGGAAACGUGAACACCAGCAGUGAGAUCUUUGAGUACAACAUCGACCAUGAUGUCCACGGUUUCUGGUCCUUUAACUCCACCUGGUUGAUGCCUUCUGACUUCGAAGGUGUUCCACAUAUUCACAUCGACGUCACCGAAUACCCAACGUCGAAGAAUGUCACCUAUUCGCUUUCUGACUUGUAA